ACGCCGCAAGCAGUGAAUCGAGCACGUUCUGGUUGUUCGACACCACCCAGUCCGGGCUCUUCACUUUUCCUAGCAGCCACCACCCCGGGUCCCUACUUCGCAGGUCCCAGGUCCCAUCAAGAGAGCCUCUUCUUCCACGGAAGCCACCGGUCUCACCCACUCCGCAGCCUUUCGCGCCCCGAAAGCUGCACCCCGUUGUCUCGAGUACCCUCAGGUCCGAGUACACUCGACUCGACGUCAUUGCAGCUUUGACUAGCUGUGACUAUCCGUCGUGCUCUCCACCUAUCAGGCCUCCAGCAAGCGCGAGCUUCUCGAGCCGUUCCUUCACCUAAUACACCACACAACACCCCUUGGCAAUUACUUCUAAUGCACUCGACGCCCUAAACUUCUUCUUCGACACAUUCGACCUGCUUUCUCAACCGCCAGGAAGCCGACCGAAUGCCUUACACUCCACCCUCGCAGCGGUCGCCUGCCUCCUCCAAGACUAACAGUCCCGUCUUGACUCGCAACCAUUCUUACAUCGACCAGAGCCCGCUCUCUCCAGUCUCCUCGCGCCGACCAUCGCUGCCGCGAUCAGUGUCGUCCACCUCGUACCUCAACAAGCUGCCGCGGUCGUCGACGUCGUCCUCGACCACCACCGCUGACAACACUGCUGCCAAUGGUAAUGCGGUGAACGGAACCGCAGGCUCGGCGUCCGAGACUAGUCACUCACGAGGUAGUUCUAGCAAUGGUAGCAUCCGCCAGUCUCCCUCCCCUGUGAACGAUCUUCUGAUUCCCUCAGGUGCGAUCACGACUCCUCCUGAUUCCUCUGACGAUGAGGACCGGGGACGUGGCAUAGGGAGCCUUCGGGAACUUCAAGAGGCGUUGCAGCACAUCGACGUCAAGAGGGAGCCUUCCCCGGCUCGCGACGCAAACUUGGAGGCACCCCAGCAGAGGCAUCAGCCGCCGAAGACCCUCGCCCGGUCACUAUCCGCCGAAGCACGCAAGAUUGCUCAUUCGAGAUCAUCGAGCGAGAUCACUUUGUCGCAACACCUAAUGCACCCCCUCAACACAGACCCCAUCAUUAGCUCUUCCGAUGGCAGCGAUGCCGAAGAUGACGAGCUGCGGAUAAAGCCACCACUACUCCGAAAGAAGUCCGGUGAACUGGUCAAGCCUGCGCUCCGCCCACCGUCCCGUCGCCGACCUUCCAGCAUGCCAGGCACGCCGACAUACUCGAAGGCCGUGCACUUCAACGAGGACAUUGAGCAGGUGCGACACUUCCUCCACUCGGAACGACCCAUCGCCGUCAGCGCUGGAUCCUCGCCUGUCGAAACUUACGACAGCGAGACCGAGUACCCUUUCGGAGAAGGGCAACGUUCAAAGGCACCCGAGUGGGAGAUCAAGCUUACCAACUUCCCUGCAAAUGAGACGCACGAGCGUCAAAGUGCCCCUGUCCGUGUAGAGCGAAUCUUCCUCGCUUCGGACAACCAGACUUUGGUGGGCAACAUUGCCUGCGCCAAUAUCGCCUUCCAGAAGCUUGUCGUUGCCCGCUUCACAUUGGACUACUGGAAGACCACCUCAGAAGUUGUCGCCGAGUUCAAUCACGACGUGCGCAAGAAGCAGAAGGAAGAUGGCUACGACCGUUUCAACUUCAACAUCAAGCUCGCCGACCAAGCAAACCUUGAGUCCAAGACCUUGCUGUUGUGUGUCCGCUACCAGGCCAAUGGUCAGGAGUUCUGGGACAACAACAACUCAAUGAACUACCAAGUAGACUUCUCGAAGAAGGUCAAGCAGAGGGAAAGCAAGCGCUCCAGCAGCGGUGGUCUUGGUGCCAUCCCCCGCAGCAGGCAUUCUCCUCUCGCCCCCCGACCGAGGUCAAUGCCGCCGUCAGCCGACGAUGACUUUGGUCACGAAUUCGAGAGCAAGUUCUCCUUUGGAAGUCCACGAGCUGUUGUCUUGUCAGACUCACCUAGUGUGACAAUCAAGCUGAAGCCAAAGAGCAAGCGUGUUAGCCUCUUCCCAGAUCAGGCGUCGCAACGCUCCCAGGCUAACCAGGCUUUUUCGGCACGCUACGACUUCAGUGCUUCCCUGUCGGCCGCCCUGUCCACUGCGCAGUCGGCUCUCGGUGACAACAGUGGCCUCAAGGUGGACACUUCGGAUCAGAUUCGCCGUGGUUACUUCGACCGACCGACUUCGGCCACGAAGGCUCAGACCGCUGGCGCACCCAUCCCUGGAACUCGACCUGAUUCCCUGACAUCUGAGAAGCCCGACCUACAGUCUGCAGAGUACAACGAGUUGAUCCAGAAGUUUUGUUUUUUCGGCACUCCUUCUGGCAAGACGUCUCCACCCGCAACACCGUCAACUAAGAACAGGCAGACAGACGGAGUCCAGGAGCAAGCGCUGACCAACGGCAGUGGAAGCUAUAAUUCUUCUGCCACCAGCAGCCCUUCUUCUCCCCCUGAGAUGCCUGUUCUUGUUGACGGUGCUAAUGACCUAAUCUCUUCCCGGAGCCCAUCCCCCUUCUUGUCUCGCUCGACCUCCCCAGGUCCCGUGACGGGAACCGGCCCCGAAGAUCUCAUUGCUUCACAGUACCAGUACGGCUUCAACAUGGCUGCUGGUAUGUUCAACGAACGAAGCCACACUCCCCAAGCAUGUGUUUAAGUUACCACGUAACACUGCCAGGAGGAUUAUCCUUACGCAUAACGAAUCUCCUUGGACACGAAGACCUUUACGGCCUGCCUGACUACGAUGAGUGGAGCGGACGUCACUAGUCUUCUGGCGACCGAUCGCUCACGAAUCUGCUUCACUACGGCACGAAUUGUUGUUGUGCGCCUAGUGGUUGAUGAUGCAUGUUACCUGCGACGUAUCUUACCUGGCGCGCUACCUUUUCAGCAUACUCAGGACGGCUGUUUGCUGCAUUUUCCCGUCCUUUUUUUCUUGCAUGUCUUUUGUACCCGGUGUGCUCUCCGGUGAUUGCAUGGCGUUCUCUGGGUUCCUAUUAUCUCUACCCGUCGUUUUCACCGACCAUCGACUGGUCGUGGUGCUUCUGCUUUCGAGCAGCUCUACUCUGGUCUCGGCGUUUAAUCCGGUCGCUUCCGACUCCUGGGAUAGCGAAAAGUGUUUGUUCUGGAUGCAUUUUAUAGCGGUUCCAUUAUUUUUGAUCGACUCGUCGGCUGCGUCGUAAAUAGGUGCUAGGCAGGGAUGAUGAAUGCGAGUUAUUACUCUCCAAC